AUGGCACAGCUGCUUGUACCACCAGGUCCAGACAGUUUCCGCCCCUUUACUCGUGAGUCCCUCACAGCCAUCGAGAGACGUAUCUCUGAGGAGAACGCCAAGAAGCCCAAGGGAGAGAAGAAAAAACGCAAUGAUGAGAAUGAGCUCAAGCCCAGCCGUGACCUGGAGGCGGGCAAAUCACUCCCUCUUCUGUAUGGGGACGCUCCUAAAGGCAUGGUGUCGACACCGCUGGAGGACCUGGAUCCCUGCUACUGUAAUCAGAGAACUUUCAUAGUAGUAAACAAAGGAAAUGUCAUCUUCCGCUUCAAUGCCGCUCCUGCCUUGUACCUCCUGAGCCCCUUCAACCUUCUUAGAAGAAUAUCAAUUAGGAUUUUGGUACAUUCAUUGAUCAUGUGCACUAUCCUCACCAACUGUGCAUUUAUGACACUGAGUGGACCGCCUGACUGGACGAAGAAUGUAGAACACAUAUUUACUGCAAUCUAUACGCUUGAAUGCGUCAUUAAAAUUUUAGCUCGAGGGUUUUGCAUAGGAAAGUUCACGUUUCUAAGAGAUCCCUGGAACUGGCUGGAUUUCAGUGUCAUUGUCUUGGCGUAUAUAACAGCGUCUAUAAAUCUAGGAGGCAAUUUUUCAGCUCUUCGCACAUUCAGAGUGCUGAGAGCUUUUAAAGCUAUUUCAGUUAUCCCAGGCCUGAAGACCAUUGUUGGUGCGCUGUUCCAGUCAGUGAAGAAGCUUGCCAAUGUUAUGAUUCUCACCGUCUUCUGCUUGAGCGUCUUCGCCCUCAUAGGAUUACAACUGUUUAAGGGCCAUUUAAAACAAAAGUGUUUACGGACAAUAGAACAAGUAAAUUUCACUUCGAAUGGUACAUCAUAUAAUGGGACCUACAUAAAUGUAACAGGGACAAAUGUCACAUUUGACUGGGAUAAGUACGUGAACGAUAAGGACAAUUAUUAUUUCCUUCCAGACAAACGAGAUCCAUUGCUUUGUGGAAACGGCAGUGAAGCUGGACAGUGUCCAGAGGGCUUCCGUUGCCUCAGAGGGGGAAAGAACCCAGACUAUAAUUACACCAGUUUUGACUCAUUUGGUUGGGCCUUCCUCUCUCUGUUUAGACUGAUGACACAGGAUUACUGGGAAAACCUUUACCAGCAGACUUUGCGGGCAGCUGGGAAGCCCUACAUGCUCUUUUUUGUGCUGGUGAUAUUCCUCGGUUCCUUCUACCUGAUAAACCUGAUCUUGGCUGUAGUAGCUAUGGCCUAUGAGGAGCAGAGCCAGGCCAACAUGAAAGAAGCGAAGGAGAAGAAGGAAGAGUUUGAGGCCAUGAUUGAGCUGCUCAAACGGCAGCAAGAAGACGCUCAGGUACAAGGCAAUCGAAUAUCCCAAAAUCAGGGGGUCAAGGCAGCAGUAACAGUAGCUGGUGUAGAGAGCGGGGAGGCCGAUAAUAAAGCCAGAGGCCCCGAGAGCUCCUCUGACAAGUCCAAGCUCAGCUCCAAAAGUGCCAAAGAGAGACGCAACAGACGGAAAAAAAGGGAGGAGACCAAAGGGGAUGACGAGAAGUCCUUUCUGAGUUUUCGUGGACCCCUGUUCUCAUCCAGACGGAACAGCAGGAACAGCAUUUUCAGUUUUCGAAGCCAAGUGCAGGACGUGAGCUCAGAAAAUGAGUUUGCGGACGAUGAGAACAGCAUUUUUGAGGACACCCUGAGUCGGAGGGGCUCGUUGUGUUUUCCCCGAGGUACUGAUCGACGCAGCAGCAGUAUGAGCCAGUGCAGCUUCUUGUCGCAUCUCCUCCUUCCACCUAAUGGGAUCAAGCACAGCUCUGUAGACUGCAAUGGGGUUGUGUCUCUGGUGGGUGGGAAUGCACACCCACCGUCACCUGUGGGGCUCCUUCUGCCUAAAGUGACGGUGGAUAUGGCCUCCACCGGAGACAAUGCUGACACCACUGACACAGAGUACAGACAGGCCGUUGGAGGAACAAACCAGGAGUUUAUGGACUACCUCGAGGGCCCAGAGGCCAGACAGAGAGCUCUUAGUACAGCUAGUGUCAUAACCAGCACAAUGGAGGAGCUUGAAGAGUCGAGGCAGAAGUGUACUCCUUGCUGGAACGAUUUUGCCCACACCUUCCUCAUCUGGGAAUGUUGUCCAGCAUGGCUGAAGAUCAAGAUGGUGGUUAAACUAAUUGUGAUGGAUCCAUUCGUGGACCUAGCCAUCACUAUCUGCAUUGUACUCAACACAUUGUUUAUGGCCAUGGAGCAUUAUCCAAUGUCCCCAACUUUCAAUAAUUCGCUGUGGGUGGGAAAUGUGGUUUUUACUGCCAUCUUCACGGGUGAAAUGGUUCUCAAGAUCAUUGCUUUGGACCCAUACUAUUACUUCCAGGAGAGAUGGAAUAUUUUUGAUGGAGUCAUUGUCAGUAUAAGCUUAAUGGAGUUUUGCUUUUCAUCUGUGGGUGCCAUGUCUGUUCUGAGAUCAUUCAGAUUGAUGAGAGUAUUCAAGUUGGCGAAAUCAUGGCCCACUCUUAACACACUGAUCAAAAUAAUUGGCAAUUCAGUGGGGGCUUUGGGCAACCUGACGCUCGUGCUGGCCAUUAUCGUCUUCAUCUUUGCUGUAGUGGGCAUGCAACUGUUUGGAAAACACUACAAGGACUGUGUGUGUAAAAUCUCUGAAGAAUGCACUCUGCCCCGUUGGCACAUGAACGACUUCCUCCAUUCAUUCCUCAUUGUGUUCCGAGUGCUUUGUGGAGAGUGGAUAGAAACCAUGUGGGACUGUAUGGAGGUGGCUGGGCCGCCCAUGUGCAUCACUGUCUACAUGAUGGUCAUGGUUGUUGGAAACCUUGUGGUGCUGAACCUGUUCCUGGCCCUGCUGCUAAGUUCAUUCAGUGCUGAAAACCUGGCGGGGAUGGAGGACGACGACAUGAACAAUUUGCAGGUUGCCAUUGAACGGAUUCACAAAGGCAUUGCCUUCGUCAAGUCCCUGCUUCAAAGCAGCUGCAACAGUGUCUGUCUCAGGAGAAAGAAAAAAGGAAAGGGGGAAGACAAAUGCCUGGAUGAGCUCCACAAACCUUUAGGGCCGAAUGGCGUCCCCAACCAUACCAUCAAAGACUUUUCUAAGAAUGGAAAUGGGGAUGUGACCGGAGUGGACAAAAAUGGAGACAAGUACAUAGUCAAUAGUAAGAGUGAUGAUUCCAUAAUGUCUUUCAUCAACAAUCCUAGUCUGACUAUCACUGUUCCUAUUGCUGUGGGUGAGUCUGACUUUGAAAACCUCAACACGGAAGACUUCAGCAGUCUCUCGUCUGAUGUUGUGGGAUGCACUGUGAUUGUAGAUGACGAUGGCCAGUCCAGCUCCUCAGAGGGAAGCACAAUAGACGGUGUGCCAGGCGGAGAAGGAGAUUCUGUAGUUUUUGAAUCGGAAGAAUAUAUAGAACCUGAUGCCUGCUUUUCUGAAGGCUGUGUGCAAAGGUUCCAGUGUUGUCAAGUAAAUGCUGAAGUGGGCUGGUGGAAGGUGUGGUGGACACUUAGAAAGACCUGUUUCCGGAUCGUAGAGCACAAUUGGUUUGAGAGCUUCAUCAUCUUCAUGAUCCUGCUUAGCAGUGGAGCACUGGCAUUUGAGGACAUCUACAUUGAGAAGAGGAAGACCAUUAAAAUAAUGUUGGAGUUCGCAGACAAAAUGUUUACCUACAUCUUCAUUCUGGAGAUGUUACUGAAGUGGGUGGCGUAUGGAUAUGCCAAGUAUUUUACAAAUGCCUGGUGCUGGCUGGACUUCCUCAUUGUUGAUGUCUCAGUGAUUAGUAUGAUAGCCAAUGCUAUAGGAUAUUCUGAAAUUGGUGCUAUCAAGUCACUGAGAACCCUGCGAGCUCUGAGGCCACUGAGAGCCCUGUCUCGAUUCGAAGGCAUGAGGGUGGUUGUCAAUGCCCUGCUUGGAGCCAUUCCUUCCAUCUUCAAUGUCCUGCUGGUCUGUCUCAUCUUCUGGCUCAUCUUCAGCAUCAUGGGAGUGAAUUUAUUUGCGGGGAAGUACGGCCAUUGUGUCAACAGAUUCACAAAUAAAGAUUUCCCUCCAUCAGAAGUGAUAAACAAGACACAGUGUGACAGCAUGGACAAAAAAAAUGCUCGCUGGAAGAACUUCAAAGUCAACUUUGACAAUGUAGGCUUGGGUUACCUUGCACUGCUGCAAGUGGCUACAUUCAAGGGAUGGACGGACAUCAUGUAUGCUGCUGUGGACUCUGCAAGCAAGCAAGAAGGACAACCAGAAUAUGAGCGCAACCUGAAGAUGUACUCAUAUUUUGUUGUUUUCAUCAUAUUUGGAGCCUUCUUCACACUCAAUCUCUUCAUUGGUGUCAUCAUAGACAAUUUCAAUCAGCAAAAGAAAAAGUUCGGAGGUCAAGACAUCUUCAUGACUGAAGAACAGAAGAAAUAUUACAAUGCCAUGAAAAAGCUGGGGUCAAAGAAACCACAAAAACCUAUUCCUAGACCAUCAAACAAAAUUCAAGGAUAUAUUUUUGACUUCAUCUCAAAACAAGCAUUCGAUAUUGUAAUCAUGGUUCUAAUAUGGCUUAAUAUGGUGACCAUGAUGGUGGAAACUGAAGACCAGACACCUGAAAAGACCGAAAUUCUCUACUGGAUUAAUUGCGUAUUCAUUAUCAUCUUUACUGGAGAGUGUUUGCUGAAGAUGAUUGCGCUUCGCCAUUACUUUUUCACAAAUGGUUGGAAUGUAUUUGAUUUCAUCGUCGUCAUCCUGUCAAUCAUUGGCAUCAGUCUCUCAAAACUGAUAGAGAAAUAUUUUGUUUCACCAACCUUGUUCAGAGUCAUUCGAUUGGCCCGGAUUGGCCGUGUCCUUCGCCUUAUUAAAAGUGCAAAAGGAAUCCGCACACUCCUAUUUGCCUUGAUGAUGUCACUUCCUGCCUUGUUCAACAUCGGUCUCUUGCUCUUCUUGGUGAUGUUUAUCUAUGCCAUCUUUGCCAUGUCAAACUUCGCUUACGUCAAGAGGGAAUCAGGCAUUGAUGACCUUUUCAAUUUUGAGACAUUUGGCAACAGCAUGAUCUGUUUGUUCCAGAUCACCACCUCUGGAGGGUGGGAUCGCCUUCUUGCUCCCAUUCUCAACAAACAUGAAGAUGAUUGUAACAAUAAGACUGAGCAUCCUGGCAGUCCUUUUAAGGGAGACUGUGGAAAUCCCCCUGUGGGGAUUGCCUUCUUUGUGAGUUACAUCAUCAUCUGUUUCCUGAUUGUGAUAAAUAUGUACAUUGCUGUUAUCCUAGAAAACUUCAGUGUGGCCACUGAGGAGAGUGCGGAUCCACUAAGUGAGGAUGAUUUUGAAACGUUUUAUGAGGUCUGGGAAAGGUUUGAUUCUCAUGCAACACAGUUCAUGGAGUAUAAUAAGCUGUCAGAAUUUGCAGAUGCUUUGGACCCCCCGUUACGCAUAGCCAUGCCUAACAAGAUGGAACUGAUCUCUAUGGAUCUACCCAUGGUGAAUGGUGAACGCAUUCACUGCCUGGACAUCCUGUUUGCAUUCACAAAACGUGUUCUGGGCGAGGGUGGGGAGAUGGACAUCCUAAGGGGGCAGAUGGAGGACCGCUUCACGGCUUCCAAUCCUUCCAAAAUGUCCUACGAACCUAUCACUACCACUCUCCGCCGCAAACAGGAGGACACAUCAGCCGUUGUCAUCCAGAGGGCAUUCAGAGAGUAUGCGAGGAAACAUGCUGCCAUGAAGCCAUCGGACACAUCAAGUGUUAACAUUCAAAAGGAUGAAACAAACAUUGACAAAGACGAUCUUGUCACAGACAAACUCCAAGACAUUUCUAGCGCCGAUAAGAUUGAACUGACACCUUCAACGGCCCCUCAACCCUCAUGUAACAGUGUGACCACAAAUGGAAAAAACAAAUAUGAAAAAGACAAAAGCGAAAAGGAGGUUGAGGGCAAAGAUGUCAGAGAGCAAUAG